UUAUGCAGUCUAGUCAGUUUAACUAUUACUAUUUUGUUUCUUCGAUGUCGUUCUUUUUAUAUAUCCGUUGAUUUUCAUUUAUCUCAAACAUUGCCAGGGGCUUUCUUUUUUUCGACGUCAAAAUCAACGAAUCGAUUUUGCAAAAAUAUUCAGUGUAAAGAAACGCAUUCAUCGCAUCCGAUGAUUUUUGUUUCAUUUUAACGAGUCGAUCGUUGGAUUAUUAUUUCGCGUGGAACAAAGCUAACGCAUUCGCGAACGAUGAGCUGGAAAAAAAAGAGCAUUUCCAUAUGCAGACGGGCAAUUAGCGGACAACUAUUUCAAAACUCCAAUCUGAAGCAAAGCUUAAACUUCGGGCAAAAAUCUGUAAUAAAAGCUCGGCAACAAUCACACGACUGCUGUCGAUCCGAGUCAAAAUCAUUAUUUGACGAAGCUACGGUUCCCGAAGGACCUUGGGCUGAGCAUUACAAGCGCAGAGACGAGAAAGACACGAGAAUACUUGCAGCAGGAGUGAUAUCUUUCCUAAUCACCAUGGCAGUGGUGCAAAAGAGGGGACUGGUCAAAGGACAUCCAGAAAUAUCGUUGUUCUUUUGAAUAUCAGAGAAG